AUGAAUUCUUGCAAAAUAUUUUCCACGGAAUACAGUCGCCAUUAUAGGAAGAAAAAGAUAAGCCCAGCAAAGAUAAUUCUUCAAAGAGAUCUUUUUGCGGAACGUAUAGAAAAAGGGGAAAUCGAUCCUCGUACAGCAUCGAUUCCUACUCAAUUGGACGAAGCUGCUGAACAAUUGCUGUACAAGCACAUUCUUGAUAACCUGCAAUCUGUAUGUCAUGUUAGCUACAAAAAUCCUUGGAUCUCUCACGAUGAAAAGCAGGAUAAAAAUGCAGAUGCAGAGACCAAAGAAAAAGACUUACAGAACGAAUUAAUAGCGUAUAUUCAAGGCCUAUACUUCAAUCCUCAUGAAGAAAAAAUUCUUGCUCCUCCUGCAACGGUUAAAAGAAGUAGUUUAGCUGCAGUUUCUUUUCACUUGAACUGGGUCAAAAGAAGGGAAACUUUAGAAAGAUGGUAUACAAAAAAGACAUUAAGGUAUCUACAUACUAUUGGUUUCUUAAGUGCAGUUGCAGGAUUUGUUUCACUAAUCUGGUAUAUUUUCGUCCAAUUUUAUUAUAAUAUGCCCAUUACACCAUAUGAAGAAAGUGUAUUAAUAACAGCUAUAUGUGCCUUAUAUUGUGGGUUCUGGGGUGUUCUCUUAUUGUGCUAUUCUCAGGAAUAUGAGCAAAUUAUUACAGAAGCACCUAUAUUGACAGAAAAUAAUGCUUAA